GGUCCUAUCUCAUUUAUUAUAACCCUUAUUAUUCUACACUCUAAACAAAGAAAGAAAAGAAACCAAAUAGUGAAAACUAACUCAUAUAUAUAUAUACACACAUAUAUAAAAUCACAGGAAAAAUGCAGUCCAUAUUUAAUCUCCAUGGAAGUUAUGGACUUCCUCUCUGUAUUUCAGGGAUCACCCAUCACCAAAGUUUUUCCAAACAGAUGGUGGAUCAUGAUCAAAGAAGAGAAGCCAUGAAAAGGCAGAGAUCUGAAGGUGGGGAGGAUCAGAAUGCAAAUUAUCAAGAAAUGGGGUUUCAAUUUCAAAGGGUCUCAGAUCAAGAAGAUCUAAGCUCAGGUGUUGUUUUGUCUUUUUCUUAUAGUGAUGGCUCAGCUUGUAUAGCCAAAGCUGCUUAGAUUAUUAGUGUUAUUAAAGAAUCUUAUAAUAUAUAUUAUAUUAGAGCCCUUUUCUUCUAUUUAAUAUCUUCUUAUAUAUUAUUUAUGAUCUAAUAUUGUUCUUUUCCUAUUUUUUUUCCAAAAAUUGUAAUCGACUGUCAUGUCAAAAAAAUUGUAACCGAAACCGACUGUCAAAUUUAGUGAUGAUGCAGAAAAUUUAGUUAUUUUCUA